AUGCCGGCGAAACGUCUGAGAAUGUAUCAAGUCCACUGUAAGAUGCUGGGAAUCAAGACAACUACUAUGGCAGACGACUUCGGACUCGGUGCGUUCUACAUAGUCUCCCUAGACACAAAGACCAAUUUGCGACAACGAGGUAAACCCACUUCAAUGAUUGUUAAGCUGAAUGCCUUUAACUUCCUUACUGAAGAACCAGUGCCCAUGUCCCCCUGCCUUGCGGCAGCCUGGUCCAUUAAGCCAUUACGUCUCUGUUUCUGUCUUGGCCGGACGCUGCAUAUUGUUCACUUUUCCGCUACCACUAACCCGAUUGAAGCAUAUCUACGUCGCAUGUCCUCUGCCUCUACUUCACCUGGGCCUACGUCCCCUGGCACAGCUAACCGAAGCACACCCCCUGGCGUUGGCCGGCUUCGAUCAGCCUCACGCAGCUUAUUCGGUGCUGGUCCGCAUGCUAGCACAACAGUGAUGCGGGCGGUACCUACGGGUGUGGCCGGUUCCCACAGGACAGGACUGACUGGACUUGACUACAGUGGUUGGUCGAAGCGCGACCGGUCCGGUCAACAGACAGUAUCCACUACAGGAUAUUCUGCAGUCGGAUUCAGUGGAGGAGAUGAAUCUGUCGAAUUUGGUCUGGAUUGGCGUGAAGCAGUAGGGGCGGAGUGCCUUGCUCCCAUCAGACUCGUUGACAAUAGGCAAUUUUCUAUGAAGGGCACACAAACAGCUUCAGGUCUCUGCAUUUACAAGGAAAAACUCAUCAUCACCUGUCUCGAUGGACUACUGUAUUGUAUUGACCUUUCAAACUUGAUUCAUUAUGAUUGGAAUAUUAUUUAUCGCGCUUCACCCAGCCGGCUUCCUACUAGUGAGGUUCUUUCGGAUCCUGCUGCACCUAUCGCGCCUUCGGAGGAUCCCUCUAACCAAGGCAUUCAUUGGGAAUUUCAUGGCGCUUUUGUAUCUUCGAAUGGCGUCUACAUAGGCUUGGUCGAAUGCCCAGUCAAUUAUUUGGACAAUAAUCGCUUUACCAAGUUCACAAUCUUGAAUUCGAGGGUUUUUUUCAAUCGCCUCUUACAAUCUCAACUUAAUUCCUGUUCCGGCUCAAUUGAGAAACCGAGCCAGAUCAGAUGUAAAUCGAAUUAG